AUGGAGCCCCUCGCGAAGAGCCGCGGCGGCGGGCUUCGGCUCUGCCUCCUCCUGCUUUGGUGGUCGCUCUCUUGCCGGCUGGCGUCCGGAGCUUCCUUCUACGGCGAUGGCUUCAUACAGCUCAAGGCAAUGGAGUCAUCCAACCAUAACUUGCUCCGCCUUCGCUUUCGAACCUCCAGCGCUGAGGGCCUGCUGUUCCUUGCUGUCGGCCAACGCGACUACAUCCUAGUGGAGCUCCAUGCUGGUUGCCUGCAGGUGAAACUGGAUCUGGGAUCUGGGGAGCGUCUGUUACACUCAGAGAGAGGCAUCCAGGUCAAUGACCUGGCCUGGCACUCUGUGGAGGUUCGCCAUGAGCGAUCCAAUGUCACUCUUACUGUGGACAAGAAUUCUCAUACCAGCUUAAUUAUGCCAGGACCCCAUCAUGAUCUCAACAUUGUGGAGGGUCUUUUUGUUGGAGGCUCAGGAGGUCUUGACAAACCUUACCUGCCUAGUGACUUGACUGGCUUCCGUGGCUGUCUGGAUGAGGUGGUCUUCAAUGAGCAUGACAUGCUGUCAUCAUUAAGGCCUUACAGUGGAUUUAAGAGCGUCCACGAGGUGUCUCUUGGCUGCAGUCCCCAGUUCUUUGCCGGUGUAGAAGAUCCUGUUAGCUUCUUCAGUUCAAGGGCCUACAUUUCCCUUCCACCAUGGAAUGCCCGCCAGGACGGGAUAUUUGAGUGUGUGAUGCACACGUCAGCCAAAGAGGGAAUUGUAUUGUACAAUUCUGCCAGAGAAGGUGACUUUGUAGCUGUGGAGAUUCAGGAAGGCUUGGUUGUGGCUGUAGUGGGCAAAGCCGGAUCCAAAACAGAACUUCGCUCCCUCACAUUUGUUAAUGACGAGAAGUGGCACUCUGUUAAGUUGUACUUCAAUUCCAGAAGCCUUCAGCUCACUGUGGAUGAUGAAAUUGUGAAAACCAAUACUGGCUCUCGCUCAAAGGGACUUCAGCUGAAAGGUUUACUUUUUGUUGGGGGUAUCGACGACAGCACCAGGGCUGAAGUUAGAAAGAUAGGCCUGCUCUCUGUGUCAGGAAAGCGUGUCCGAGGUGGCUCCCUGAAGGGAUGUUUGAAGAACAUAAAGGUCAAUGGUGUAAAGAUGGGUUUGUCCACUGCUGUUGUUACCAAGGAUGUCUCAGUUGGCUGUGAGCCUGAGAGAGAACCUGACCUGUCUACAACAAUGAGUCCGGUCACAGUUCCAGCACCACAGUUUGAUCCAGUAACUCCAACACCGGAACUUCACAUGUCCACUUUAGUGAGGGGCUUGGACAGGAAGUACGGUUUCCACUUUGUGCAUCUCAAAAAUCUUGUGGUCUCAGAGGGUGGUCGAGCAUCUCUUGAGUCCAAACACAUCAAGGUUUUUUUGGACUUUAAGAAGCUUGGCAUUCGUCAGUCUCAGAUUAUGUUCAGAAUUCGAGAACAACCUAUACAUGGUCAUAUAAGGCUUGAUGUUGACCAAGACCAAGAGGAGAACACUUUCAGCAUGCUGGACCUUUGGCAUGGCAGGGUCAUUUAUAUCCAUGGAGGUUCAGAGGAGCCCACUGACUACUUCUUUUUUUCAAUUUAUUCAAGUAGUAGGAAGCAAGUUCCCGAUUACCUGAAGGGGCACAAAUUGUACUGCUACAAUAUUACAGUAACCCCCACCAAUGACGCACCUGAGCUCAGUCUGCCUGAAGGGAAUCUCUUUGUCCUGCUGGAGAACUCAAGAAAACACCUAACCACCGAGGUACUAAAGGCCACAGAUAUUGACAGUGACUAUAACCAACUUGUAUUCUCUGUGCUGGGUAAUCUAAAUGCAGAUGCAGGGUAUUUAGAGAUCGAGAACAACCCUGGCACUGCAGUGACCACAUUUUCUUACCCAGAAUUGGAUGAACUGAAAAUUUACUAUGUUCACACAGGGGUAAGGAAUUCAAGGAUAGUGUUAAGGGUUAGUGAUGGUGAAAAGGUGAGUAACACAGUGGUUCUAAGAGUCAUGGCCAUUUCCCUGGAGUACAAGAUUGCCAACAACACAGGCCUUGAGCUCACGCAAGGAGAGUCAGCUAUGAUUGGUUCAAAGCAGCUGGCUGUACAAACCAAUGCUGUGAGGCAGACUGUCGAUAUUCGAUAUGAUACCAUUGAGCCCCCUCAAUAUGGAGAACUGCAGAGACUUCACUCUAGUGGCGAGUGGCGCCCCACUGACUCAUUUUCCCAAAGGCUUCUAGAGAAAGGGCGCCUCAGGUAUUUUAGCACUUUCCAAGAAAUCCAGACCUCCAAUGCCACAGAUUAUUUCAAGUGCAAGGUAACUGUGGCUGCAAGGGCAACUACAGAACUGCUGUUCCCCAUCACAGUGAGGUGGGUUAGGUACAACCUGGUGAGGAAUGAAAUGGCAGAUAUGAAUAAAGUUAGAAAACUAACUUUGGACGCUGAAUAUCUUUAUGCCACAGCCAAAGGUGUAACUCUCUCAGAGGACGAUCUUUUCUUUCGGGUUCUCACCACACCAAAGAGAGGAAAACUCCUGCUUGAUGCAACAGUCUUGAAAAAGAACACAACCUUUAGCCAAAGGAAUGUCACAGAUCGAAAAGUACAUUAUGAGCUAGUCGAAAGGCCUUACGAAGACACAAGUGACAAAUUCAAAUUUCAGAUAUUUUCCAAACACACUCACUCUCAAAACCAUGAUUUCCACAUCUCUAUUAAAGCUGAUGUCAAUAGUGUGUUCAUGAGAAAUGAUGGACUUUCCCUUAUGGAAGGAGAAAGUAAAUUGAUCACAAAAGAUGAGCUGUUUGCAGAGACUUUGAGUACAAAGGACAUGCUCUACACUGUCAUAAGGAGCCCCCAAAAUGGAAAACUAGCUCGCAUAAGUCAGUCAAACUCCAAUGCUAGUUACAACAAUAUUCUUAUGUUUAGUAAUCAGGACAUAUUAGAGGAACGCAUAAUGUACAUCCAUGAUGACAGUGAAACAACCCAGGACGAAUUCAGUUUCAUUGCCUCCACUAGCCAAGAGUUUAAAACUUCCAUCACAGAGGAUGAUAUUGGCUCUAAAGAGGGAACGUUUAAUAUAUCCAUCAAACUAGUCAAUGACCAAAAGCCGGUGCGUGUUAUUGACAAAGUUUUCCACGUAGUCAGAGAUGGACAAAGGUUACUCACCAUCGAUGAUAUGCGUUACCAUGAUGCAGACUCUGAUUUUAAUGAUGGCCAACUGAUUUACACCCGCCGUGGAAUCCCAAUGGGAGACUUGGUGCUGGUGAAUGACACUUCUCACCGGCUUUUCCAGUUCCAGCAGAAGGACCUAGAAGAGAAACGAGUGUUGUUCAUUCACAGAGGUGUGAGCACCGGAAGGUUUGUUCUGUUUGUGUCCGAUGGGAAACAUUUUGUCUCGAGUCUUUUGGACAUCAGUGCUGACAUCCCUUUCUUGAAAGUUGGCAACAAUACUGGUUUAUUGGUUCAAAAGGGCCAAUCAGUGACCUUUUCCACCAGUAAUUUCAGUGUAAUUUCAAACCUCGACAUCAGAGAUGACAGUGAGGUCAUCUUUAAUAUCUACGACGAUCCCAAGUAUGGAGUACUUUUUUGCAAUGAAACAAGGAUACAGUCAUUCACACAGCAUGAGCUAAAGAAUGGGCUCAUUUCCUAUCAUCACAAUGACAGCAAACAUCUGGCAGACUCUUUCAAUUUGACAGUGAAAGCCAAAAGUCUUCUCCUAGCAGCAAGUGUCAGUGUGAAGAUUUACCUUGAAAGCCACCAGAGGCCUCCGAUUGUCCAGCAUAACAACACCCUGUUGGUGGAGGAGGGAAAACCAGUGAAGAUUGAUGAAAGUAAACUUGAGGUCACUCAUGAAGACAACCUGCCAUCAGAGAUUGUGUUCACCGUCAAAGCAGCUCCUGCUCAUGGCUUUCUGCGCCAGUUCAUUGAGGCUGAAGAGCACUACGUUGGAACUGAGCAGUCCCCCAUCAAAACCUUUUCCCAGCUGGACAUUAACGCCGGCAACAUCCAGUACGUGCAGGCAGAGCCCGACAAAGUCAACGACACCUUCGUGCUCGAUGCAACCAACGGGGUCACCAAGGUCAACGGCAUUAGGAUGUCUGUUGACAUCAUUCCGGGCCUUAUCCCGCUACAGGUGUUCAAUUUCACACUGAAUGAGGGAGCCUCCAGGGCGCUAACCCAGGAAGUGCUCAAGGUCACCAACCGACAUUUCUCAGGUGUGAACUUCCUGUAUAGCUUGACUGAGCGCCCGCAACACGGGUACGUUGAGCAUUCUCGCUACCCAGGGGUGCCCAUAACGUCUUUCACAAGGCGGCAGGUGGAACAUGAGUUCAUCUACUACGUCCAUGACAGCAGCGAGACCCUAAACGACAGCUUCACCGUCAUAGCCAAUGACACAGGCCUGGGGAAGCGGAGCGUGGCCCAGACGGUUUACAUUCAGGUUGAGGCUGUCAACGACGAGCCUCCUGUUAUUACAGCCAACAGAGUCCUGAGGGUAUGGGUGGCAUCUUUGACGGAGAUCCGACCGGAGGACCUGAGGGCACAGGACUUGGACUCGCCGCCGGAGGAGCUGUGCUUCAUGGUGACCCCGCCCAGCAACGGCCACUUGGCCCUGAAGACCGCCCCGAUGAGGCCAGUGCUCAACUUCACCCAGACCCACAUCGACCAGGGACAGCUGCUAUUCGUGCACAAGGGUGCCAUGUCGGGGGGCUUCAACUUCCAAGUCAACGACGGCGUGAACUUCACCCCCCGGCAGAUCUUCAGCAUCACCGCGAGCGCGCUGGUCCUGAGCCUGGAGACGAAUCGGCCCCUCAAGGUGUUUCCAGGUUCCUCCAAACCAAUCACGGCUGAAGAUUUGCAGGCGGUGACCAACGACGUCAGCAGUGCCUUCAAUCGCACCAUAACGUUUAACGUGAUCCGCCGUCCUAAACUGGGCAGACUGAUUGUGGUGCAGCUGGAUAAUUCCACCCUGGACAUCUCCACCUUCACACAGGACAUGGUGGACAGAGGAGAGGUUUUAUAUCUUCAGACCCCAAUAGAGUCGGUGGGAUGGUCAGCCAUGGACUCAAUGACCUUCGCCGUGGCAUCGCCUCCUGCAUCUUUGGACACUCAGACCUUCAAAAUUGACAUUUCCUAUGAGAAUGCAGGGCCUGAGCGCAAGACACUCCUGCUCGCAAACACAGGUGCAGUCGUAACUGAAGGAGAAAGUAUUGUGAUUGAUGAGUCCAAGUUAGAUGCCUCUAACCUCAUGUCCAAGCUGCCGACCCCUCAACGAAGCUCCCACGAGGUCUGGUUCCAGGUCAAAUCUCUGCCUCAGCAUGGUGUCAUUGUGGUGGGCGAGAGAAACCUCACCAAGGAGAAGCCGAAUUUCUCACAGUUCAUUGUCAACAAGUAUGGUAUCACCUACCAGCAUGACAACUCGGAGACGACUCGUGAUUUCUUUGUCUUUGAUACUUGGCUAAAUUCCAAGGGCAAACCUGCUCAGCGCCCUCUGGAGGAUAGUGAUGUUGUUGAAGAGCAGUUCAAUAUUACAGUCAUUCCUGUGAAUGAUCAGCCCCCGGUGCUUAAGACCAAAGCUCCAAGACUGAGGGUGGUGCGAGGAGAUGUGGUCGCCCUUAAGCCUGAAAACCUCAAAGUUGAGGACUUAGACGACUCUCCCAGUGAUGUUAAGUUCUCUGUCAUUGGCAGUCCCAGCAAUGGUUACCUAGCUCUAGAAGGAAAUCUGAAUGAAUCAAUUGCAGCCUUCACACAAGCCCAGAUCAAUAAUGGAAGUGUCUACUUUAUCCACGAUGGGAGCUCGGCCUCAGGGGUGUUCUAUUUUAGCGUCACUGAUGGCCACCAUAAGCCAGUGUACAAACCUUUCAACAUAGAGGUGACAGAGAUCACAAUUUCGCUGGUCAACAAUACUGGGUUGGUGCUAGUACAAGGCAAGACUGCGGUUUCCCUUAGCCAAGCUAAUCUUGCUGCUGAAACCAAUGGGAAAAACACCACCGUUCACUACCAGAUUACAAGGCCUCCACAUUUUGGUAAGCUUGUACGAGACAAUGAGGAGGUUACAAAGUUUGAACAGGAGGAUUUGCAGGCUGGAUGGCUGUCGUACCAUAUGACAUCUUUUGCCUCCGCAGAAGACAGCUUUGAAUUCAGUGCUUUCACUUCAGAAGCUAACCUGACUGACCAAGUGGUCAACAUCACUGUUAAACCUUUGAUGGAGUUUGGGCAAGGGUUGAAGAUUCCCAACGGCAUCACUGUCACAAUGAACGCUGGUUUCCUCAAUGCCUCUGAACUGGCUAAUGUAACUGACAGUGACCCUCUUUUUCAAGUUAUUUCCCAGCCUAAGUACGGGAAGGUGGUUCAAACAAGGCUUAAAAUGUCCAAGAAAACUGUUCCAGCAGAGUCAUUUUCAUUUUGGGAUGUUAGGCGAGGAAAGGUAGCAUUGGAGCUGAAUGCCAACAUGACUGGAACACAGGAACUUAAUGACUCCCUGGUGCUUCUCCUGAAAGCUGAAAACGUUCAACCAGCCAAAGUGGAGUUCCACUUUACCAUCGUGCCCUAUGAUCCAACACUUUUCCCAACAACAAAGAGUCCCGUUGCAUCCACCACACCCAUCCUGCAGACAUCAAGCGAAAUUUCCAAAACUGGAACUGCUUUAGCGGGUUUGUCUACCACCGUCCGUCCCACUCAGCUACCAAAAAAAACCCAACAGAAGUUCAAAGUGCGCAACCGCUGGGGAAACUCUAAUCGAACUCACACAUUCGGUACAACUCUUGGCAAGCCCACUCUCAGUCCAGAGGACAUUCCCUUCAGGAACACGCCGGUUCGUGUUGAGUCCUACCCCCAGAAAAGCUCAAACCCCCUUUUGGUCAUCUUGCCAUUGUUGGCCUUGCUGCUCCUCAUCAUCAUCUUUGUCGUGCUGGUUGUCUUACUUCGACGCUACAGACAGAGGAAGCAGAACCCUGUUACACCAAAGCCAUCGUCUUCACCAGUACUUCCAGCCAGUCAGUCCUAUCAGGGCCAACCCCAGAGAAGCACAACAGUUCCCACAGUGACUGUCACGCCACUGAGCCCCAGUUGUCCCAGUAGCCCUGUUCUUGAUAGAUUGCUAACACCAAACCAGGGUUCAGUUUACAACUCUCAUGAUUCAUCCAUUCCCAUAUGUUCCUGGAACAACGGUGAUCCAGGGGCAUCUUCCCAUCUUAUUAGAACCACCAGCCCUAGCCUUCAGAAGAAUCAGUACUGGGUAUAA